AUGACGAUGGAGGAUAUUGAUCUGAAGACAUUUGAGAAGCGUUUAGAUGAGAUAAUUGAUCAGGUUGCCGGUGAAUCGGUGGAUUUGAUCAUUGAACGACCACGGUAUAUACACGCCGUUAUGGUGAUUGCUGAAGACGAUGACGAAGGCCAAAUUAUACAGGCAUCUCGAGUCAAAAACAUUGAUCCAAUUACAUCGACCACUGAAACGUUCAAUGAUUUCCAAGAGAAUACUUCAGUAAACACAUAUUGUAAAUCGAUAACAAAACAAACUGUAAAACAUACCGAUGACGACGAUAUUGAAGUGGCAAUCAGACGUCUGGAACAGUCCAGAGAUUUAUUAAACGAAAAUUGA